UAUCGUACAUUAGAAUCCGAUGCAUGUGGCGUUUUAUUCCAUGUCGGCGGGGACAACGUUAUCAGUAAAGAGAGUAAAGUUCAUCACGUUUAUUGCAGUGGGGGCCACUUCAACCCCGCGGUGUCUCUGAGCGUCUACCUGUGUGGAGGGAUGGAGCUCACGCUGCUGCUGCCCUACGUGCUGACGCAGCUGGGUGGAGGUCUGGUGGGCGCCGGUCUGACCAGAGCCAUGUUCCCCUACGAAGUGUACAACGCGUCCCACGGAGGAGCCUUCAACGUAGUCAGCAAGGACCUGGGGAGGACCACCCUGGCCGAGGCCGUGAUGACGCUGUUCCUCACCGUGGUGGUGGUCAUGGGGGCCGUCAACAGCCGCACCCGAUCUCCGUGGGUCCCUUUCUGCGUCGGCCUCACUGUGACGGCCAACAUAUUUGCAGGGGGCUCGUUGUCCGGCGCCUGUAUGAACCCCGCCCGAGCCUUCGGCCCGGCUGCGGUUGCAAACCACUGGAGCCACCACUGGAUCUACUGGGUCGGCCCCACGAGCGGCGCGCUGCUCACCGUCGUCUUCAUCAGGUUGCUGUUGGGCGAUAAGAAGACUCGAGUGGUGCUGAAGUGAAUGUGUUGUUUAUCAGACGACUUGGUGAUGUUGUUUCCACUUGUUCAUACACACGACAAUAAACUGCACCGUUAUAAUUUGUCAGUAAAAUGUGCACAUGUAUUUUCCACUAAAGCAGCGAUAACUGUCGGCUCCUUUUCAAUGAAACAUUUGUAUUUGUGGACUCAAUAAAGUGUCUGAUUAUAUGAUA